UGAUCACUUGAUUUCAUUACUUCUCCCCAUUCCUUGUUGUUACAUCUCUUUUUUCUCUCUCUCUCUCUCUCUCUCUGUCUCUGUCUCGAGAGGCUAGUAGUAUUAAUGAGCAAUAUGGGUGUUGUGCUAAAUGUGUUGUGGUUGGGUGUUAUUGGCUUACUAUCAAUUGUGAAUGCAAGAAUUCCAGGUACUUACCAAGGUGGGCCAUGGACUACUGCUCAUGCUACUUUCUACGGCGGCGACGAUGCUUCCGGGACCAUGGGAGGAGCAUGUGGGUAUGGAAAUUUAUACAGCGCAGGGUACGGAACAAGUACCGCAGCAUUAAGCACAGCAUUAUUCAACAAAGGUUCAACAUGUGGUGCAUGCUUUGAGCUUAAGUGUGUUAAUGACCCACAAUGGUGUAAUCCUGGCAACCCUUCUAUUCUUAUUACCGCCACCAAUUUCUGCCCUCCUAAUUACGCUCAAUCUAGCGAUGAUGGUGGCUGGUGCAACCCUCCUCGCGAACAUUUUGACCUUGCCAUGCCUAUUUUUAACAAGCUCGCCCAAUUCAAGGCCGGAAUCAUCCCCGUUAAUUACCGCCGGGUGCCAUGCAAGAAGUCGGGUGGAAUAAGAUUCACAAUGAAUGGUUCACAAUACUUUAAUUUGGUAUUGAUCACAAAUGUAGCCGGAGCUGGUGAUGCAAUUCGUGUAAGAGUGAAAGGUACAAAAACAGAUUGGUUAAGCAUGAGUCGUAAUUGGGGUCAAAACUGGCAAUCCAAUGUCGUUUUGGUUGGUCAAGCCAUCUCCUUCCGAGUCACAACUAGUGACCAUCGUACAUCUACAACAUUGAACGUGGCACCUGCCAGCUGGCAGUUUGGUCAAACUUAUGUUGGCAAGAACUUCAAAGUACGCUAAUUAUUACUAUAAUUAGUGUUCCUUGAUUAUUAUUCAAUAUGCAUACAAUUAUAUUAUAAUUGUUAGUUUUAUUUCUCACCAUCUCCAAUUUGAUCUCUCUUAUUUUCAUGAGAAAAUUAGAAUGGUGGAGCUAAAUAGGUCAUUUAUACAUAGCAUAUAUUCACUCAUCUUGAGUGAGGAAGGGUUACUAUUAUUAUUAUUAUUAUUAUUAUUAUUAUUAUUAUUAUUA